AGUUUUACAGCCUACUUUCAACUCCCGAGCACAAGUCGAUCUAAUAGACAUGCAGUCUCGACGCCAUAACGAUUAUAGAUUCAUAAUGAGCUAUCAAGAACAUUUGACUAAAUACAUAGUAUUAAAACCUCUAAAAUCAAAAAGCACUGAAGAAAUUGCUUAUAAUUUAAUUGAUAUUUGUACAUUAUUUGGGGCACCUGCAAUAUUACAAUCAUGCAGUGGAAAAAAAUUUGUAACUUCAGUAAUUAACAAACUUCAUGUUAUAUGGGAUGAAGUGAGCAUUGAUUAUGGAUGGCCAAAGCUCAGUGAAAGCCAGGAAACUGUUGAACGAAAUAAUAGGGAUGUGCAAGAAAUGUUAUCUGCUUGGAUGAGCAAAAAAAAUAGUUCGGAUUGGCCAUCAGCAUUAAAAUUCAUUCAAUUUAAAAAAAAUCGGACUUUUCACUCUGGAAUAGGCACAUCUCCCUAUGAAGCAAUGUUCAGAUGCACUGCAAGAGUAGGUAUUGCAUCGUCUAAUCUUCCAAAUGCUGAAAUAACCAAAAUAAAAACAGAAGAAGAUUUAUAAAGUAUCACCCUUUAUAACCAAUGGUAUUACUAAUUUUCUAAUAAUAAAGAAGAUGACAUUAAAAAAAAAAAACAGUUAUCUGUUUGCAAAAGAAAAACUCAUGAACUGGAUGAAAUGCUUAAAUAAGCGAAUGGAAAAGAGGAACCCUUCAAGAAAAGGAGCAGUUAAUAGUUGUGUGGUUUUCCUGUUGUACCAGUGCAUAGUGGGUCAUGCAAAAAACAUUCUGCAUGUUGCAAGGCACAUAAAAUGCAGUAUGUAAGACAUAUUAUAAUGUAUUGUUGUAUACAAAUAAAAUGGUACCUAAAAUA